AAUUGAAAGGAUACUACGGGAAGGGGAGAGGUGUUUUUUGGGGGGCAAGGGGCUAUGAGGAUGGAGGGUCAGGAGAUGCCAGAGUGGACAUCAUAUUGUACGGAGCCUGUGGAGGUCUACCCUACAGGAACCGCCAUGGGUUCUUUGGCACCCCUUAAUUCCUACAUGACCCUGAACACUGUCGGGCUGCCACCCCCUGGCUCAUAUCAAGACUCCUCUUCUUCUACUGGCAACCAAGGAUCAGGAUAUCAGGCCUACACAUGUCCCAGCCGCCCUCGGGAGGGCAUGAAAAGCUACGACAGAAGAACAGUAGGCCACUCCAAACCCCCCUACUCAUACAUCUCACUUAUCACAAUGGCUAUCAAGCAAGCCCCUAGCAAGAUGUUAACACUCAACGAGAUCUACCAGUGGAUCAUGGACCUUUUCCCUUACUAUCGUCAAAAUCAACAGCGGUGGCAAAACUCAAUUCGCCACUCUCUUUCCUUCAAUGACUGUUUUGUCAGGGUAUCCCGAUCCCCCGAUCGACCCGGCAAGGGAUCGUUUUGGGCUAUGCAUCCAAAUUCAGGAGACAUGUUUGAGAACGGCUGCUACUUGAGGAGACAAAAACGGUUCAAACUGGCAGCGCAAGAAAAAACACCCGCACGGACAGGCAAGGAGACGGAGGGAAACAAAAAUCCAGAAAAGGAGAGACGCGAAGGAGAGAAGCAGGAUUUGGGAGCAUGCCAAGCCUCUUUCAUGGAAGACCGGGAGGGUGGAAGGGGGAUGGGAGGUCAUUUUAUGGGGUUGGACGUUGAUGAACUGGUGAGAGACACACGGUAUGACUUUAGCCACCCAUUCUCCAUUAGCAGUCUAAUGGGGGUCGGGGAGCAGGACGCAAUGGCUUACAGGAUCCCUGAAACCUCAGGUGAGGGUUCAGCUUUCUACCAGGGUGUCUAUAGCAGAUCCCUCCUGAAUGCAUCUUAGUUGGUAUUCAAGCAUUGUUGAGAGCCCUUGAAUGUUACACAUGUUACAGAAAAGCACAGGACUUAAGUUUACUCACCAUUUAUUUGUUGCCCACAUUGUUUCAAUAAUGACUCAAAUUUCUAAAAGAAAAGAUAAAAAGAAAAUCAGAUAUUUUUAAAUAUAAUACCUCACAUUUACAAAAACAUCCCAGAUUCCUUAAAUUU